GAAGCCUUGACACGAAGCUACAGCAUGUCUACGGCUUACAUUAAAACCAUGUCCCUGGACAGAAAGAAACGACUCAACUACUCCGUCAGAAGUAAUCUCAAUGACAAAAGCAGCAGCCAGAAUAUAGCAGCUGAGGCCAACAGUCCAGGUAUUGCAGACAGCUACAGCCAAUCACUGUACAGCCUGCCUGUCAAAAACCGCAGCAACGAAGUGCCUUUCAACCAGCUGCCUCCCUCCACCAUAUGA